GCUUCCACAGAGGAAACGGAAAAGACGAAACAGACGUAAGUCAUUUCAAAACCACGGGGCGGUGCCGAAGCUCCACUCCCUGUGUGUUUUCAGCGCUAUCUUCUUCUAAAACCCUUGUAAGCUCCUUGUCUCCCCUCCUGUUUGCUCUUUCUUCUCCUUUCUCUGUUUGUGGCAAGCAGCCCCCACCCUAACCACCAGGAGAUUUCUUCAACAAAGAGGAGAUGCCCCCACAGCCACAGGUGAAGAGAAGUUUCCUGGAAUUCCUCAAGAGCUUUGUUGGGAUUGUACGGGUCCUCCAGAUCCUGUUUGGAGCUGGGCUUUGGGUCACCAUCGCAGCCAACAAGUAUGAGGGCUCCAUACACUUUGUUCUGUUCGUGGCUGUGUUCUUCUGGCUCCUAACGUUAGCCAUCUUCAUCCUCACUCUACUGGAUAAACAAGACUUUGUUCCCAUCGUAGGAGGAGAACGCUGGUUGUUAAGCAACGUGAUACAUGACAUUGCCGCUUUUCUGCUGUAUCUGUCUGCAAUUGGAAUCAUGAUCUACAAAACCGACAAGAACUCCUUCUGCAACCUAGACGUCUACAAACAUCACUGCUUGUACAAGGUCUACCUCACUGCUUCAGUCUUCGCCUGCCUCACUGCCAGCGUCUAUCUGCCCUCGGCUAUCUACGGCUGCUGCAGGAAAUGUCGAGGUGAACAGACUGUUGUGUGAAAGUGAAAAUCACAGGCGGCGGACAGUUAGAGACUGCAGCAUUGCUCACAGGAAACAUUGUCACUGAGAGAUGGAGGGGGCUUUUGCUCUGGUUGCAUUCGGCAAGCUUUCGGAGAUUAGAAAACCGUUUUUUCACAGCAAAACAUUUUUUAAUAAGUAACUUUGUCUUAUUUUACAGUAAAAAUAUCGACGUAUCCUUAAAACAAGAUACAUUUACUUGAGAAAAUAAUAAGACUUGGUUUAAGAGAGUGUAUCUUGAAUUGAGUGUAUUUUUCUUACCCCAAUUGUUUUUUCUUGUGUUAAGCAUAAACCUCUCUAAAUUUCAAUAGAUUUAUGCUUAAAACAGGAAAACAAAAUUGCCAAUCUCUUAAUAUCUUAUACAAUUUUGCUUCUCAAUUACAUUUAUCUUGUUUUAAGGGAUGUUUAGAUAUGUUUACUGGAAAGCAAGACAAAAAUACUGAUAGAGAAAAGUAAGUGUUUUCUCUCAAAGCAGAGGGUUUGAUCCCCUUGUCUCAGGCUUUUAGGUUUGUUUGUUGCUUUUAUACAGUUAUAAUUUAAAGAGCUUUGUCCCUUCUGAAGUCACGCAUAUAAGUCAAUUUUACACGUUUUUGUAUGUUUUUUUUUUUUUUUUUUUUUUUGUGCUUUUGGAGUUUUAUAUACAUUUAACCAAUGUAAAUGACUUUUAUUUUUUAUUUUUUGUAUUUUAUACCUUACUACUUUGUAACAUCAUGUUUUGAUAUUUUAACUUUUGAUAUGAUGUAGACAUAAAACAGUGCCUGUUUUAUUGACUCCUCAGUGUCUUUCAUAGUAUAUGUAUAUGUGCUUGACUGCUUGACAAUCCUAAAAUGAAUCCCACCACAUCAGAUAUCUCCACUUGAUUUGCAUUUAAAAGAGGUAAAAUAUUUAAUACAGUUUUCUGGUGAUUGUAUUUUAGAAAUGUGUGCAAUGUGUAGCUAUCAUCAAACAGUCAAUAAAAAGGAGCACAUGACAUUUAA